UAUUAAAUGCUAUGUCAUUUUCUGAAACAGAAUUACAUCCAUAUAUUUUGGCUGAUAAUGAGUGGAAAAUAAUAGAACUUCUUGUUGAAGUUUUAUUACCCUUUAAGGAUGUAACCACGUUUAUGUCAUCAUCAGAAUAUCCAACAUUGUCAAUGGUUAUCUCCGUCUAUUAUUUAUUGCUUGAAUCGCUUGAAGAAGCUAGAAAAAAAGAUGAUAUGCCACAGUGGCUUAUUCAAGGAUGUGAAUCUGCAUCUGGUAAACUUCUCGAAUAUUGCCAAAGGACAAGUGUUUUACAUAUUGUGUCAGUUGUGCUAGAUCCACAGUUUAAACUUCAAUACUUUGUAGAACUUAGAUGGCCAUCUCAACUUAUUAAUCAAAUUAGAGAUAUGUAA